AAUAUGGUAUUAACUAUCUCAUAUCUCGCCGACUGAUAGAUUCUUCAUUAAGAAUUCUUACUGCUAUACGAUCGCAAUGAUAUGUGGCAAAAUAUUUACUACACUCUCAAUUAAAAGUAUUUUAUGAUGACAUUGUGUUCAUGAUUCAUUUGAACUUUUCAUUUCAGCUAACUUAGGUCAAGCAAGAUGGAUUUCAUUAACAAAGACUUGUUUUAGUUCAACCAAGUCCAAUUUAAGUUCUCUGAGGAAGAAAACUGGCUUCUCAUUUCAAAAUUGCAAGUUGGCUCUUAAGAAAUUUGAUAAUAAUUUAAUAGAAGUAGGUGAAAAUAAUUUUUGGAAUAGAAGUAAGGCCGUCUUAUUAGGCAGAGAAAUGGCUAAUGAGUGAAGCUCAAAAAGAAGGUUGGACUAAAGCUCAGAAACUCCAAUCACGACCAAUGUCGCAAGGAUUAAUAGGCAUUGUAUGUAAUGAAAAUUAUGGAAGCAUGGUUGAGGUGAACUGUGAAACAGAUUUCGUUGCAAGAAACGAAAAAUUUCUAGAAUUUGUGUAUGAUAUAACAAAAUGCUUAAGCAAAAGAGUUAAAUCAAUGAACCCAGGAAAGAUUGGAACGAUGAUUGGUCAACAUAUUGUUGGAAUGAAUCCGAAAAGAAUAGGUACUAUUGAAAAUUUGAAGAGCUGUAAUAACUCUCAUAACAAAGAAAAAGCGGAAAGGACUCAAAUUAGUGACAUUAGCGAAGAGGAGCUAGUAAAACAAGUAAAGGUAUUCGUUAUAAGAAUGGUUGUUAAACCCGAAUCAAACGGCUGGUAG